AUGGCAGGACUCGUUCCUCUUCUCGAAACAAUCGUUCACAGCAGCACACGUCUAACUCACCUCCAAGCGCAUACACUCCUUUCAAAUUUCCUGCAAGAAGCAGACGUCAACCCAGCAUAUCGACCUGAUGCAGUUCUGACACAGCAUGGACCUCAAGCAGCAGGUGUAGGCAGCCAGUCCAACUUGACACUCAACCACCUCGAUCGCAUACUCAAGGGAAUAGCUGGGAAGCGCAUAGGUGGUAUAGAGUUUGACUACGGAGAAGGGCCUGUCAAGAAGAAAAGGAAAGUCAAUGAAGAUGCAGCAUUCACAAGCAGUCCGCCAGUUGCAGCAACAGGUCAGAUUGUCGCUCGUGCUGGUGAGGAGGUAGUGGAGACGGAAGAGGCAGAUGGUACCAGCGAGGCAGCCGUCGUUGGACAUGAAACAGAUGACUGGCAGGACAAAGAGCAAUUUGAACAUGCACAGAUCGAUGAGACGGCGGAUCAGGGCGAGCGCAAUACGGCAGAUGCAGGAUCAGCCCGUGCUGAUGAGGUGGUGGAUGGGACAGAGGGCGGCAGUGUAGCUGGACCGGCAAUGACAUUAACAGAGAAAGAGGCUAGAAAGUCGGCGAAAUCACAACGAAGGAGAAAAGAGCGUCAAGAGAAGAACAAGGCAGUCAAAGGAACAAAGAGCUGA